AUGAAAUGGUUUGAUCUGAUAAGCAAUAUUGGCUCAACAUGCGGCUUCGUAACUGGUUUCAGCUUUGUAUCUGUAUUGGAAUUUUUUUAUUUCUAUACGGUGAAGCUCAUGAGAGACUAUGUUAUUCGACGGCGACGUGAACGGCGCAUUGCGAGCGGCGCUUCCACUCCCGCUCAAUUCGAUCAUGACUGUCGCUACAGACCGAUAUAUUGGAACGAAAUCACUGGUCCUAAAGGGUCCAGAGUGGAAAACCAAUUUUAA